UUCUUCAUCCAGUUUGCAGGAAUCAUCGUUAAGCAGGCAGCGAAAACAGGAGUCAUCGAGGGCACGAAGAACUUCUUCCAGUCCGCACUCUAGAACUUCUUCAUCCAGUUUGCAGGAAUCAUCGUUAAGCAGGCAGCGAAAACAGGAGUCAUCGAGGUCAUCAAGAACUUCUCGUUCACAAGUUUAUCAAUCAGCGCCAGAAAUUUCCAAGUCAACAAAGAAGACCCAGAUGGAACCAACUGAACCUGUGAUCAAACAAGUGAAUAAGAAAGACGAAAUCAAGGAGAAACGACAGGAUAGUCACGGGCCAGAUUAUGUUUAUUCUAAUCUUGCAGAGGGUGUGGAUUUAACUUCCAACCAAGUUUCUAUUGCUGACAAGCUUAUUCAGCCAUGUUCCGUUGGAAAUAGAGCCCUAAUUGUUUCUGAAACUGUUCUUGUCAAAAGUCAACUAUGUUUACAACCUAAGGAAAGGUUAUCAGAAAAAUUAUGUGUUGGUAAAAAUAAAUCUGGUACAGAGGCUCAGGAGAAGGAGGUUGGGCUUGUUUCAGGUGAAAUUGCUAUCAUCCAGGGAAACCGUACACAGAUUAAUGCUGCUGAUAAGUAUAACCAUGGCCAACACCUCGAAUUUAGAGUACAUGAAGGUUAUCUAUUGUUGGGAGAUAUUUCUGCAAUGACAACUCAUAACCUAUUACUUCCUGGGGUUUAUGAAUCCUUCACAAGGUUUUUACAGAGGUUGACCCCAAAGACUUAUCAGCAAAUUCUAGCUAUUAGGACUACAGGGGUGAAAUCCUUGCCAAUUGAUGACAUCAAAAUUGUUAGAGAAGUUUCUGGUGAUCCUAAUAACAGGAAAAUUAUCCAAAGUAAGAAGCAGGAAUUAUGGAAAUGGAGAGGUACUCCAAUGGUGAAAGAAACUGAAGAAGUAAAUUUUGCUAAGGGCUGCUGGAUAGUGUCUGAAUCGAGGGAAACAUCACUUCGAAUCUCUUCUACUGCUGGAAGUUUUGCUAAUGGUGUAGGUGAUACACCUCAGGAAAACAAGGAAAUAUGCGUAGCUGUUGAGGGUCUGAAGACUAAGGAAGAAAAUGAAAAUUCAUCAAAGAUACUAUAUGCUGCAGUAAAGUCUGUGCAGUGGAAGAAUCAAGUAUGGAGGCUCUUUUUUCAGAAAUCAGUUAGAUAUUGGGAAGGUAGAAGCGCUAGGAAGAGGAAGAGGAAGCAGAAGAUUGUGGCUGUGUCAUAUAACCCACCUUGAGGGCAAGGUGGAUGUUUAGGGGGGGAGUAUUGAUAGGAACCCUCUUAAAUUAGACUAAUAAUAGAAGUAUUAAUAAGAAUAUUAGUAAUAAGGGUACUUGAGGUAUUGUAUAGUAUAAAUAGUCGGGA